UCGCUUUACUUUUCCAGGACUACCUGUGUCAUGAACAUGAGGAACUACACCUUUGUGACAGAGUUCAUCCUGCUGGGAAUUUCCAACAGCGAAGGGCUAGAGAACAUGCUCUUUGUCCUGUUCCUGGUCUUCUAUGUCUCUGCCUUGCUGGGGAACCUGCUCAUCUUCCUCACCAUCUUGGCUUCCCCCAACCUCCACACCCCCAUGUAUUUCUUCCUGGGGAACCUGGCAGUGUUUGACAUAUUCUUCCCUUCUGUGAAUUCUCCUAAGAUGAUGGACUGCUUAACGUGGCAGAGUUGCACUAUUUCAUAUCAGGGCUGUGCUUCACAGAUUUUCUUCUAUCACACCCUGGGGUGUACUGAGUGUUUCCUGUACACAGUGAUGGCCUAUGAUCGCUUUGUGGCUAUUUGCUACCCUAUGAGAUACACGAUUAUCAUGAACUACAAGGUGUGUACCCUCUUCACAGUGGGCACAUGGCUGGGGGGCUUUGUACAUGGGAGCAUCCUCACUUUUCUUAUCUUUAAGUUACCCUACUGUGGACCCAAUGAGGUGGACAGUUUCUUCUGUGACAUUCCUGUAGUACUGUCCCUGGCAUGUGCAGACACCUCUCUAGCACAGACUGUGAGUUUUACCAAUGUUGGCAUUGUUGCCCUUACAUGUUUUCUCCUUGUUCUCACUUCCUACACUCGUAUCGUUAUCUCCAUUUUGAAAAUCCGUUCCUCAGAAGGCAGGCGCAGAGCCUUCUCCACCUGCAGUGCCCACUUCACAUCCAUUCUAUUGUUCUAUGGUCCUGUGAUUGUUGUUUAUCUCCGACCUGCUUCUAGCCCCUGGCUGGAUUCUGUUGUCCAGGUGUUUAAUAAUGUUGUCACCCCUUCCUUAAAUCCUCUGAUUUACUCUUUGAGAAACAAGGAAGUGAAGUUAGCCCUGAGAAAGGUGUUAAGUCAAGCAAUGCAACCUUUGGGGUAUAAGGAAUAGAAACAAUCAUUCUUUAAAGUUGACCCAGGUUUUCUUUCAUCAGAACUGUUGCCAAAUUAGUGAGAUGACCAAAGCUAUUCUGCUUGGUUGGUGGGCAUCCUCACAGGUAGGGUUUAUUUCAGCUAAUGCGUGGAUUUAACCAUGUAAAAAAGACUUUUCAGAUUUAUCCAGUGUUUUUAACUGUAAUUUGCCAAAACAAUGAAUCUUCCUGCCUUGCGACUUCUACUGUGAAAUCCACUUUUGACU